AUGAUAAAUCAAAACUUCCAUGGGUCAACAAAAAAAAAAAAAAAAAAACUUUUUACUGGUUUCAAUUCUAUCGAUAUGUCCAAUCAUCAAUUCUACACCAAAGGCCAACAGGAUUGGAUUCCAACCUUGAUUCAAUUAAAUCAUACAGAUAACAACACGACCAAUACAAAUAAUACCUCCACAACCUCAACAACAAAAAAUAAAAGUGCAAAAAUCGACACACCUAAAAAACAAACCCCAACAAACCAACUCUCACUAAACAAAGGACUUGAUAAUCAAUUAGAUAUCAUUGCACCUCCAUCAAUCACAAGACCACUCUCUUUCUUAGAAAAAAACAAUAACACCAUCAACAUUAAGUGUUACUUUAAUCAACCACACAUCCGUGAAGAAUUAACCUCAAAAGAUGACACAAGAAUUCAACAAAUUCACAAAAACAUUCACAAACUCUUCGAAGAUAUACUGUCGCCAUCAGCAUUCAAAAUAAUUGGUGCAACUGCCUUCGUAAAUUGCAACGUUGAUAAAUUAACUUCAAUAAUCAACCUUCAAAACCAACUUGCACUAAAUAUCGACAAACUCAACUAUAGAUUCGAUAUAUCAUCAAAUGAUUAUGCAAUCAUUAAAACAUUCAUUAAAACGUACUCACCCAAACAUGCAAACGAUGCAAUUACAAACAACCUCACUAAAUUCACCAGUUGUACAUCAAUUGAAUCAUUUACUGUCACAUACUCAUAUGCUGUUGCGUUUAAAAGCUACAUUAUAACAUAUCAUCUAAUUGAUCACACACACAACAUUGUUGAUCAAAAGAUCGAACAACCAUCUGGUAUCACAAGAUAUAUCAAAGCUGCAACACGUAGUGUCACUAAACACAAAAUUCAACAUGCAAAAAAUGCAGAUAUGGCAACAACUAUAAAAAAUGCCAUCACAAACCCAAACAUGAACAAAAACAAUCAACCACCAAAAAACAACAUUAACACCCCACCAAUCAACGAAAUUGCAAAUUCCAAUCGCAAUAAUAACUCACUUCAAAAUAGUGGUUCAAAAGCUAUACUAAAUGAAUCACUUGAUAUUAACAAUCAAUCCCAAAACAAUAAUGAAAUUUCACACAAAAGAUUCACUGAAAACCCAAACAAUCAACACAAUUCCUACCAAAAAGCUGUUGACACACUACAACUACUUAUAUCAAAACUUCCACCUCGUCCAACAAUCUCAAUACUCACUGAACUCAAUUCAUCACCAUUACAACUUAAACAUGAUUUUCCCGAUCACAUCAUCUCUGUCACCAAACGAGGAAAUGGUGUAAUCAUCAUUAACCAUAACCCAAACACACUCAAACUCAAACACAUAUCAACAAUUGAUGGUAGAGCUAUUUUAGCAGACGUUAUAUUUCCAAAUCAAUUACCAAUUGGUAUUCUUGGAAUUUACGCACCAGCAUCAAAUAAUACCAUCAAAAAGAAUUCAUAUGCAACUUCACUACAAACACUUCUCCACAACCACUCAACAAACCCAAUACCAAACCAAUCCCAACAUGUAUCUAUUAUCGCAGGAGAUUUCAACUGUAUCCACAACGACAAUUCACUAUUAGAUGAUAUUAUCCAAUCCUACACAUACCAACACCAUCUAAUUGAUCAAGGUGAAUUUAAAAACACUCCAACUCAUACACAUGGCAACAGAUUAGAUAGAAUAUAUACUCAAUACAAUAGAAUAGACCCUGAAAAUAUAUAUACACAAGUCCACCAAAUUCCAUCUUCAUUAUCAGAUCAUAAUCCAAUAUCAACAACAAUUUCUUCACCUUUUCAAAUAAAUAAACAUAAGAAAAGAUGGAUAUUAUCACCUGGUACUGCAAAUGACCAUGAAGCAAUCAAUAUUAUCAAUCAUUUAAUAACUAAUCACAAUAACACAUCAAUCAAUCAAUUUACAAACUGGUCAAAAGUAAAAUCAAAAAUUAUAAAAACUCUAAAAAACUAUCAAUAUAACAAAGACAAACAAACUCAACGUGCAAAACAAAUACUAUUAGAAAAAGCAGCAAAAUUCAAACAUCUUGAAGAACAAUGCAUCGCUGAAUACAAUAUUAUAUGUAACAAAAACAAACUACAUCAAAACCACACAAACAUAUUAAAAAAACAUAUAAAUGGAGAAAUACCUAGCAAGUAUCUAUCAGCAAUACUAAACAAAAGAUCAAAAGAUGCAAAAAUUGAAUCAAUCCAAUAUGGUAACAUCAUUACAUCCGACCCCGACCAAAUUGAAAAUGCGUUUGUUGAAUUCUACACAAAUCUAUAUAGCUUACAAAUAUGUUGUCCAAUUACUCACCAGCUCAUGCUAAACACAUGGCCCAUCAUAAAAAAUGAAUAUUGGAAUGGUUUAGACUCACCAUUUAUACAAGAUGAAGUUGAAGCUGCAAUUAAAACCUGUAACCCCAACAAAUCACCCGGUCCAGAUGGCGUUACAAAUGCAUUCUACAUUAAUCAUUUAAACCAAGUUAAACCAAUUCUCACUACAUUAUUCAACGAUAUACUAGAAAAUCCUCACCACAUCACAACAGAAUUCACCGAAGGUCUUAUACACACAAUAUACAAGAAAGGCAACCCGUUACUCAUAUCAAAUCGUCGUCCCAUUACACUUCUAAACACUGAUUACAAGAUCCUCUCAAAAGUAAUCAAUGCACGUCUUCUGAGAAUACUUCCUUUCAUCAUCAACAACAACCAAACUGGUUUCGUACCCCACAGAUUCAUCAUAGACAACAUCAUCAACAUCAAUGAUUUAAUCAACUACCUCAAAUCUAAAAACCUCCCUGGUAUCAUCACACUAUUUGACUUCUUUAAAGCAUUUGAUUCUAUCUCUCACGAUAGUAUUAAAAGAACAUUAAUUCAUAUUGGUAUACCAAUAAAAUUAAUAAAUUUAAUCCACAAGCUAUUAUCUGACUCACAAGCAAAAAUUUCAAUUAAUGGUAAAACAACCAGAAAAUUCGAUAUUAAAAGAGGUGUAAAACAAGGUGUAAAACAAGCCACUUUAUUUGUAAUUGUAAUUGAAAUAUUAGCAAGAACAAUAAAUGCAGACAAUUCAAUAAUUGGUUUACCAAUUUCACCCAAUCCACAAAUUAAAAUCAAAUUUACCCAAUUUGCAGACGACUCUACAACAUACAACAUCAACUACGAACAACAACAACAAUCAAUCAAACAUUUCGAUAAUUUCUGCGCUUCAACAUCAUCAUCAUUAAAUUUUGACAAAAGUGCAAUAAUAGAAAUCAACCCCCACAAAAUCACUGAUAAACACAUAAUAAACAAUACUCCACAAUCAAAAAGAAUACCAAUAACCAAAAAAGAUCAAUCAGAAAGAGUCCUUAGCUAUUUCUUUAAUCAUAAUGGUUUACAUAUGGAAAUUACCAGAAACAAUGAAAACAUUGAAUAA